AGACUCGGCUGUCAUCGAAUCGAAUUAAAUAGUUUUUGGUUGCCGCCCGGUUUAAAAAUAAUUUAUAAAUCCAAAACUAAUCAUAAAAUGACCGAGUAUAUGGAUAUCGAUGGAAGUGUUUUAGAAGGGGGAGGACAAAUUCUCCGAAUUUCCAUUUCUCUAAGUGCUAUUCUGGGUGUACCGGUACGUGUCUUCAAUAUAAGGGCAGGGCGGAGUAAGCCAGGACUCGCUGCACAACAUUUAAAAGGCAUACAAUUAGUCGCAGAUAUGUGUCGGGCAAAACUAAAAGGAGCAAAUAUUGGAUCUACUGAAAUUCACUUUGCCCCCGGCAAAAUUAGAGGUGGCCACUACAUAGCAGAUACACAUACUGCUGGAGCGAUCAGCUUGCUCCUGCAGGUGGCGUUGCCUUGCGCCUUGUUGGCCGACGGUCCAGUGACGCUGGACCUAAAGGGUGGCACCAACGCGGACAUGGCGCCGCAGAUUGACUACAUGCCGAUAGUGUUUAGGCCACUGCUCAAGAGGUUUAACGCCGACUUCCAUCUUAAUAUACGGAGGAGAGGAUAUUUCCCGAAGGGCGGUGGUCACGUGACCGUGGAGGUGUCCCCGGUGCGCGGUUUCCGUGACGUCAGUUUGUUGGAGCGCGGUGACGUCACAGCCGUGCGCGGCUCCAGCUUCGUGGCCGGUGUACUGCCGCUGAAGAUGGCUCAAGAGAUGGCUGAUGGUGCGAAGGAAGAACUGAAACAUGUGCACAGCAACGUGGACAUACGCUGUUACAAGGAGGACAGGAGCAUCGCGCCGGACAACUGCAACGGUAUCAUUUUAUGGGCGGAGACUUCGCUGGGCCACGUGCUGGGGGCGGACGCCCUGGGGCGGCGCGGGCACGACCCGCGCGCGCUGGGGGGCGCCGCCGCGCGCCCGCUGCGUGACGUCAUCCGCGCGCGCGCCUGCCUCGACGCGCACGCGCAGGACCAGAUAAUAUUGUAUAUGGCCUUAGCUGCAGGCAAAUCAUCGGUGAAAGUGGGAGAUAUCACGUUGCACACCAAAACCGCCAUGCAUAUAGCCGAACUGAUAGCCAAGAUAAAAUUCAAUGUUCACACGGAGGACGACCACAGUGUAAUAGAAUGCACUGGACUCGGAUUUAUAAAUAAAAAUUUACCGCCGGAAUAACUCAUUGUAUUCUCAUAGUGUAAUAUGUAAACUAUUUAUGUAAGAAUAAACUGUUGUUUAAUAUAU